AUGCUCGGUACCAACGAAGACGCACUUGCUUUUAUCCAAGAGUUUUCAACACGUCGCUUCAACAGAAACACUGGCAAAAAAGCUGCUACUGCUACUGCAACAAGUAGUUCCAGUCCGCAGCAGAAACCACAACAGCCGCAGCAAAAGCAGCAGCAGCAGAACGAACUGUUUCCAACCCUUCCAGCCGAUCAAUACCACAAUGAAACUGAAUGGCCUGCCAAUAUUAAUGUGUACAUGAAGAAGGAUACCCAGGGCGACUACUAUUCAGGUGGUGGUGCCAAAAAGAAUAACAAGAGCAAAUUCAACUCUACUACAACUGAAUCUAAAAAGAAAAAGAAGAAUGAAAUGACGCUCGAAGCAGCUUUGAAAGAACUCCACAUCAAGGCAUCUACAGAAGAGAAUGGCGAACGACGACCAUGUCAAUGCCAAGCCACAAAACAUCAGCUUUUGACGAUCGCGCCCAACUGCUUAAAUUGUGGCAAGAUUAUAUGUACUGUUGAAGGGACGGGCCCAUGUACAUUCUGCGGCACUCCUGUUCUCUCAAAAGAACAACAAGUAGCACUCAUUGCAGAAGCCAAGCGCAAACGCACUGAAGAAAAACAGCGAAUCAAUGCACAACAACAAUCAAGUAAAAAGCGAAGCAAAGCAUCGGUAACACAAUCUGUUGGUUAUGCUGCCAAAGUCAGUGGUAGGAUAAUUCCUCAAAAUGCAUAUGAGGAACCAACAUUCACUCACGACCAAGAAGAGCAAAACCGACAGCAUGCAGAAGCACAUAAGGAAAAGCUACUCGAACGACGUGUUAUGACUAUCGACGUUCAAUCACGCCAAGUUGUCCUGGACAAAGCCGAUUCGUCCUCAGAUGAAGAAUCAGAGCCAGAAGAUUUACCUGCUGCCAACAGAUCACAGAAAGACAUGCAGCAGCAUAAAGAAAACGACGGAUCUGCGCGUACAUAUGCGAAUAACCCUCUUUUGAAGGGUCUUGAAGCACCUAAAUUUGUUGGCAAGCAAGGACCGUUGAAGGGCGGUCGAAAUCGGAGGAAAGAGCGUGUUCAGUACGACGAUAUCGACAUAUUUGAUGAUUACCAAUAUGCAUCAAGUAUUGCUGACGACCGCGAUAUUGCAUUAGAGCCAGCAUGCGGUUAA